AUAUGGCAACUACUGAUAAAGCUGCUUACAGACCAUACUGGAGAGUUCAGGUCAUUGAUUCUGAAGGACAGAGGUCCAUGACACAUCUACAUGCACGGGAUGUGUGGUAUCUUCCUCAUGGCACCAAUUUUGUGGUGCCAUUUGUAAGGAAUCAGCCUGUUCAUGAUGGUGGUGGCCUACUUGGCCAAUUCUUGGGACUCAUAGCUAGGGAUGUCAACUAUUUUCCCAUAAGCUAUGAUAAUUGGCAUGUUGUUCCUUCUAGUUAUAAGAAUGAAGUCCUCCAUGGCAUAAUUGAUGACAAAGUAUUUGUUGAGCCCAGACACAAAGAUAGGGCAACCAAGUACAUUUUGAGAAGCUUAGGCAGCAAAUGGAAGGGAAACAGGUAUAACCUUUACAACAAAAAGUACAAACAUGCAUGGACAAGGGAGCAGAAUAUCAACAAUCCUCUUGAAGGGAUUCCCAAAGAACAAUGGGCUAGUUUCAUCGACUAUCGCCAAAGAAAGGCUACUCAGGAUAUGUCUAAGAGAAAUACUAGAAAUAGAGGUGAAUAUCAGCUCAAUCAUACAGGAGGCUCAAAGUCUAUUGCUCGGAAAACUGUUGAGAUGGAAAAAAUUGCAGCACUCGAAGCAACUGGUGUUAUGCCAAAGAAACCAGCACCUAGUGAUUCUUUAGGCCAAGUUUUGGGCAAAGAACAUUCAGGUAGGAUUGUCCUCUUGACUCUACGACUCAACAUUCUGCCCACUCUUCGAAUGGUGGUGCGAGACAACAAAAGUAGCUCUCACUUGUUAAAA